AUGGAGGCUUCUCCAAAAUCCUCUUUCAUUGGUGGCAAAUAUUAUCCGGGAGGCUCUUUUCUUGAAUCAGGAUUGGGACAUCGACCAUCUUUUGCAUGGCGUAAUAUAUGGAAUGCAAAGUCACUUCUAAACAGGGGUUUGAUUUGGUGGGUGGGGAAUGGAUCAUCUAUUAAAAUUUGGCAUGACCGAUGGGUUCCGGUGCCUUCGACUUAUGCGAUACAAUCGCCUAUGAGGAUAUUAGAUAGUGAAGAAACGGUUGAUGCUCUUAUUGAUGAGGAAACUCAAUGGUGUAAUACUCCACUUAUUCACGAAAUUUUCUCGAGAGAUGAGGCAGCCAUGAUUUGUAGUAUCCCCAUUUGUCCAGGACGGCAACGUGAUAGAUUGGCUUGGAUGGGUACAAAAAAUGGAGAAUUUUCCUUCAAAAGUGCAUAUCACUUGGCGAAAGAUAUAUGUGAAGGUAGUAGAGGGAGCUGUUCGGAGUCUUCUUUAGUUACUCAUCAGUGGAAGAACGUAUGGCAUACUGCUGGGCCUAUGGCGGUGAAGACUUUUUUAUGGCAAGCAUCUAAUGAAAUUCUAGCCACUCGGGUAAAUCUCGAUAAAAAAGGUAUUACAUAUGAUCCUUUGUGUCCUAUAUGUGGCUUGGCUAGUGAGACUGUCGUGCAUAUUCUGUGGACUUGUCCAUCAGCAAAUGAUGUUUGGAUUGAGUGUAUGAAGUCUAUCUAUAAAAGCUCUUUGAAGGAGGACACUUUUCUAAAUGUAUUGGAGAUGUUACAGAGAAGGUUGGAUGAUGAAGGGAUGCAGUUAGUGGCCGUUGUGGAGCAGUUGGAGAGUUUCAGGAUUGCAGAACUGGGUCGUUGUGUCCAUGGUAGCCCAUCGCCUCCACUGCCAAAUCCUGUUAUGCAGAGUUGGAAAAAACCUCCUUAUGGGGUUAUCAAUCUUAACUGGGAUUCUGCUAUUGAUAAAGAGGGGCAGAAGAUGGGAAUAGGCAUUAUUGCCCGUGACCAUAAUGGAGAUAUAUAUGCUGCUUUUGUGGUGUCAAGGCAGUACAUCAUUGAUCCCACCACAGAUGAAGCUCUGGCAGCUUGGAAAAUGGCUCAGCUCUAUGUACCUAUGGGACUUAACGAUGUUAUGCUAGAAGGUGAUUCUCUAGAAGUGGUUCAAGCUCUUUGCGAGGAGGAGAGUACGUGGGGAAGGUAUGGGGCUUUGAUAACUGAUGCAAAAUUUCUUCUUCAAAAUAUUCAAAGAUGGAGCGUAUGUCAUGUGAAAAUGCGGCAAAUGAAGCAGCACAUAGAUUUGCGAAAAUGGCUCUUUCUACUAGUGAGGAGAGAAUACGGAGAGAGGAUUACCCUUUGUGUAUCCAUGAUAUUGUAA